UGCCAUCGCGUUCCCACUCGUCAGUCGGCUCCGCGGUGGUUCCCUCGCGCGAGGAUUGCUACACCGAUCUCUUCCGAUUAUUAACAGACGAUCAUGUUUAUUUGAUUCUCAGUUAAUUGCUCGUGAUUUUUGGAGGCAAUCGAUUGUCUGGUUGCCACUGAGGUUUUUGUUAUUGUGCGGAGGCGCCUGAGGUUUCGAGAGUUCGCGACGCGACCGAGCGGUCGUCGACAUCGGCAAAUCCACCCGGAUGUACUCGCGAUAAAGCAUUUAUUGUUGUUCUUUUCAUUCAAUGUUGUUGUUCGAAUCAAAUAGUUUGUCAAUCAUUAUUUAUUCGCGGAGAGUUUGAGUUUGCGAUCGAUCUUCCUCCGAUUGAUCAACCGAUUUUUCUGACUCUUCAUCGAUCGAAUUCGAUACCGAUUUUCAAUUGUUAGGUGAAGUAUUGACAGGGAAGAUGUAUGCGAAGAAGAAUAUCGUGUCCUCGGGGUUCCGCGAGAGGAUCCUCGAGAAAUCGAAGAAAGUUCAGCCGCUGAAGAUCGGCGCGGCGACUUUUCACAUCGAGGCUCAGGAAUUGACACCGGAGUUGUCCGCAAAAGCCAGGGACGAGUUGAGGGAAACCCCGGAGGUUGUCGAACAGGCACUUGCGGAGAUGAGGGAGCUGCUCAAAGGUGAGCCCGACCUCAACGUACCUGAUGACGAUUAUUUUUUCUGCAAGUUCUUGAGACCCGUCAAGUGGCAUGUUAAACCAGCUUUUGAACUUAUGAAACGAUUCUAUCGUUACAAAGUCACUCAUCCCCGCAUCUGCAACAACUUGAUUCCAAGUAGCGAUCGAGCUAUAUUCGAAUCUGGUGUAGUGACUCCAUUGCCAGUGCGUGCAGACGGCUGCAGAGUUAUCCUAAUCGAGAGUGGGAAGCGAUGGAAGCCGAAAGAAAUAGCCCUCGAGCAAAUUUUCAGGGGUGUCAUGAUGUUCCUGGCUGCAGCAUUAAACGAGCCAAUGACACAGGUCUGCGGAGUUCAGGUAAUUCUUGACAUGGAUGGACUGUCCCUGAGUCACGUGACGUACUUCACCCCGAGUUUUGCAAGUGCAGUGCUUGAGUGGGUCCAGAAAUGUUUGCCUGUUCGUCUCAAGGGCGUUCAUAUUAUAAAUCAGCCUUAUAUUUUUAAUAUGGUGUUUGCGAUAUUCAAACCCUUUUUGCACGAAAAAUUACGUAAGAGGGUGCACUUCCACGGCACCAACAGACCCGCUCUAUUAUCACACAUAGAGGCGAAGGCAUUGCCUCGCAGAUACGGCGGAGAUCUUGACAUACCAGCUGAUCCUAUCGGCGAACCACUGUUCAAAUAUCUCACUCUGUGGGAGGACGAGUUUGUAGACGAAGACCGCAUUGGCUACACCACGAAAAAAUAGGACAAUUGAUGACGGUCGAGGGAUUGCGGCCCAAGUGGCUGCUCUCAAUUGACAGUUACCAAAAAAUUGUAACUGUCGAUCUUCAAAUUUCUAUUUAAUUUCUUAUUUUUAUACUGCGAAAGAAAUCAAUCUGGCUGGAGUCCAAAUCAGGCCAAGGACGGUGAUUUAUAGCCAUUCAAAGCUCUAUUUUCGUUAUUUCCUGUUCCGUAUCCACUGUAAAUUAUGUAUUAAAACCGAAUGAACCGGAACAGCCAGUUUUACAUGGAGAUUUUUGAAGAACGUCUAAAAACUUUGGUAGAAAACCUGGUUGAAUCAACUUUGGGAAUCUGAAAUUCUAGUGAAUUCAACUUUUGUCAAAGUGAACUUCUGUCAAAUAAAGCUCUCCGGUUAUCUCGUUUAUUGUAAGAAUAUGGGUAAAACGUUGUGUUUGCUAUCAGAGUGUUAUUAUUUUUUUUGUUGUGGUUCCUUGCGACAGGAAUGAUCGAUAUUUUUUAUUUUCGAUAUGGAGUCAUGUGUACUCUGAGAAUAAAUCAGAAUAAAAAUUAAUGAACGGAUUA